AAAAAAACGCUUCUGUAUCUUGGAGGGAAACAAAGCUAACCAGCCGUUAUUUAGUUGUAUUUUGGCUGGUGUUUGUCAUGGCUGAGGGCGGCGGUAAUGUUAAUGUUAAUCCAGCUAACCUGCCUCCAGGAGACCCGCAGCUGAUCGCUAUGAUCGUGGAGCAUCUGAAGAGUCGCGGGCUGUUCGAUGAGUUCCGCCGGGACUGUCUGGCGGACGUCGAUACCAAACCAGCUUAUCAGAAUCUGCGACAAAAGGUUGACAACUUCGUCGCCACACACCUGAGCACACAGGACUGGAACCCGACAAUCAACAAGAACCAGAUGAGGAAUGGACUCAGACAAAGCGUUGUUCAAUCAGGCAUGCUGGAGUCUGGCGUGGACAGGAUCAUCACUCAAGUCGUAGACCCCAAGAUGAACCACACUUUCCGACCGAACAUAGAGACCGCCAUCCAUGACUUCCUGUCAGGGGAGAGAAAAGAAGAGAAUGCAUCCAGUUGUAAUCCGGCCCCGUGUGAACAGAUCGAAGCAGUGGAGGCCCCGUCUGCUGGAGGCCCCAAAACCCCCUGAGAUGUGCUUCUCGACAUGCUGCUCUGUGCAGAAUGCUGUUGAGACAUCAGACACAAGAAGAAUGAGGUCAUUUCUGACUACCUCAUUUCAACUGACUGGAGUUUGGAAUGUUUCUGCAUUUGCAAGGGGAGCUCACGAUGUGUCCUUGAGCGGGGGGGCAGCGAAACAAGUCGGACAGUGUGAAGUGAACUUUGAUUACUCUGCACAGAAAAACCUAUUUUAUUUCUCAAGUUCUUUCUAUGUGUGUUUCCACAGAUUUGUAAGUGUGGAGUCAGGUAUGUUUGGUGUUUUCUUUUUUUGUGUGUGUGUUGCAGUGCUGAUUUCUCACUGAGAAUUGUUUUAGGACAAAUUGUGUUAUUUCAUAAUUAUGUCUGUUCUGACUGAAUUGCAAAGAAAUUUUGAACUUGGAAAACUUUGCAUUUUCAAAAUUGUGGCUGAAGUUGAUUUGGCGGUCUGAGUAGUUGUGUGGUUUUUAAAAAAAAAAAA